GUUACAGUGACAGAAAGUAUGUUUGAACAUCUGGUUUCUGUAACAAAUUUACUACAUACCGAGCUACCACAUAUCGACUCUUUAAUUAAAAAAUCACAAAUAGUAACUGACAUGAGUACAGCAGAAUUAAAAAAGAUUAUGUCUGAAAAUGAGAUGGAACUCGAUAUAGGAAAACAACUCAACGGAAUAUUGGUCGAACAACGAUUGAAUCGUUGGGUAAGAGAUAAGCGACAAAGUAUAAAAUAUUGCUCUCUUAUAAUAGAACAUGCUUUAUACAUUCUCUGGAGUCAUUCUUUGGACUUUUAUACUAUGCAAGUGAUAUCACGACAUACUCAAAGAAUACACGUGUCUUCAAGUAGCAUCGAUGAGAAUAUGAUAGAAUGGAAAGUCUCGACUGAAACAUUAAUGAAACUGAAGCAAGGACUUGUUUCUAUAUUUAUAGAUGCUUUUGUUACACAGUUAUUGGAUAUGACACACAGUGAAUAUGCAACAUUGGAUCACAGUUUUAUCGAAGUUCUUAUAAGACGAAUUUAUAAAGAUUACUACAAUUUAUAAUCAUAAAAUAAAGAGCUAAGAUGUGCGUUUACAUUCAUAGUUCCAAUUUUGUAAAUAAUUUCC